CAGUGCUGGAAAGAAACAUCAGUUGUUUUAGCGUCUAAUGUUUAUAAUUGAAAGAGUGGAAGAAGAUUAUAAUUCACUAACGGAUUAUUAGGUUUUUGUUUUUGCGCAGCCAUCGUCCAUAAAGGCUUAAGAGGGGCGCAACCAUGAGUUCCUUGCCGGAGACCACGCGUUCCCUCAUGCAGGUUUUUAAUGGGAAACUGCAGGAUUUUACCAAUGAGAUUGAUAAUGUCCACAUGGUGUGGCUGGAGGAGAUCCAGCAGGAAGCUCAUCGAAUGUUCUCCAGUGACUUCAGCACAGAGCCAGAACUCAUGCCAAAGACUCCAUCACAGAAAAAGACAAACCGCAGGAAACGAGUGUCAAUGGAGUUCAAUGAGUCUCGCGGCAAACGACGUUUCUCUAAGGGGAAACGCAGCAACCUGCGUCGCUCCUCAGUUCAGAUGACCCUGAACACCAUCUCUGAACUCGUUAAGCCCCUCGUCCCAAACGACAGUUCUGAGUGCGUGAUUGAAGAACCUGCUCCCUCUACACGUCGCAACAAAACUACCACCGCGGCUGAGAGUGAGCCUGUCAAACGCAGCACUCGCACCAAAGCCAAGGUGCCUAAAGAAAAGGGCAAAGAAGUAGAAGAGAAAGGCGCAGAUGAGGUGGAGGAUUCCGACUCUGGUCAGGAUCAGAUGCUGGUGUCUGAAGCCGUGGUGAAGAUUACUUCAUCAGAGUGCUUGAGUGCAGAAAUGCUCCUGAAUUCUGGACCGUCUCCAGGCCGAAGUGCCAAUAAAAUCGGCAUCGCUGCGUCCGAGUCUCAGUCAACGACUCGGGACUCGGCACGCACAUCUGCCCGUCGUUCGCUGGUGGUGCGGCGCUCAUUGGUAGGCCUCAGGCAUAGCAUGACCCAGGAAGCAGUCCGAAGGGCAUCCCGGCGCUCCUUCCUGAGGAAGAAAGCCAGACUGGGAAACUCAACCUGCAGCAGCUCCGUCAGUGAGGACAUUUAUAUGGACUUAGAACCUGACGACAUGGAAGAGAAUAAAGAACAGCUAGUUGAAGUGGAGCAGAAUGUGGCAGAACCCGCCACUGAAUCCAACAAAGAACUGGAAGUUGCCAAACCUGAGGAGCCUGAACUCAAGAUGACUGAAGGGAAGGAAAGGGAGAUAAAAGAUGAACUUGUGGAAGAGAUCACCGAAUCUCCCACUACCAAUGAGAACUGUCGUUUCACACGAUCCAUGGCUCGCACUUCAGAAACAGAUGACAGUGGAGGGUCGAAGACCAAAGAAGAGUGGUCGACACGCUCUGGUUCCAAACGGCGUGCAGCUGAGUCUGCUGCACAGGACAUCGGCACACCCAAGAAGAAGCACACUCCUCCAAAGAAAUGCCUCACGACGAUUGCUCCGCACAUGCGAUCAUUCAUGCACACCGUGCAGAAGAACCAGAUGUUGAUGACCCCUGGAUCUUUGGGCCGCAACUCCAUCAUGAAGUCCUUCAUCAAACAAUCUGGCAGUAAAGUCGACUCCAAGUUGGGCUCAGGCUCUGUGGAGCGAGAACGACAGAAAUGGGAUGCUUUAAACAAGAAGAUAGAACAAGAGAAUGAACGAAAGAAAAAGAUCGAGGAGGAGAGAAGAAAAAAACAAGAAGAAAUUAAAAGAAAGCGAGACGAGCGUUUGAAACGAGUUGUUGAGGCUCGAGUGAAGGGAGAAAAGGAGAAGGAACAGGAAAAGAAAAAGAAGAUUGAGGAAAAAAUGGCGCAGCUGGAAAAGAAAAAUGACAUGCUGCGAGUCGAACGGUUGGCGGAGGAAAAGGCCAAGAGGAAGGUGGCCACUAAACGACAGGAAGAACUGGAGCUGCGCAAGAAGCAGGAAGAAGCGGCCAGAAUAAAGAAACUUCAGCAAGUUGAGGAAGAGGAACGGAGACACCAGGAAAUGCUCUCCAAACGCAAGGUUGAAGAGGAGCGAGAGAAAGCACGCAAACAGGCCGAAACCGCACGUGCUCUGGAGCUGAAGAAAGAACAAGAGCGUGAGAAAGAGAAGGAGCGGGAACGAGAGCGGGAAAAGGAACGUGAGAGGGAACGUGAAAGACAGGCUGCAGCUGAGAGAGAGAGGCUAGAGAGAGAGAAGGUCAUUGCUCUUCAAAAGGAACUGGAGAGAGCAGCCAAAGAGAAAGAAAGGAGAGAGAUUGAAGAGAAGAGGAGGAUGGAGGAGCUGAGGAGGGCUGAGGAAGAGAGGGAGGCCCAACAGAAACGUGCUGCUGCUGCCUCCGCCCUGGCGCCCCCUACUGUCACAGCACAGGUCCCUUUCACGAAAACACUAGCAACCAAUAUGCAUAACUCGACAAUAACAAAGGGAUCCGCUCUGAAUGUUACUGUAGAUAUUGAGAACUCUGUUAUGAAAACUCCAGUUGGUAAAGGAGCUGCUCCCAACAAGACCAUAGAUCACGGAGCCGCCGCACUCAACGUCACAGUUGACAUAGAGCAAUCUCCACAGUCCUACCAGAUUACUCCUAAAGGCCAGAAGGUGGCUGUUUUGAUGAAUCCUGAAGAUUACGGCAUGGACCAGAACAGCGACGACUCCACGGACGAUGAAUCUGCGCCAAGAAAACCCAUCCCAUCCUGGGCUGAAGGUAUGCAGUUGCAGCAGGCCAUCAUGAAGCAGUAUUACAACCCACUGGACCUCAAUUCAUAUUUCGGAGAACCUGAACCACCCAAGCUGGAAGAGAUCUUCCGGCGGACCAAACCUCGCUUCUUCAAACGCACUAGUUCAGCUGUCUGGCACUCGCCACCACGCUUGGGAAAUAUGGGCAAUUUAUAGUGAAUGUUCUUUAUUUUAAUGUUUUUACUGUCGUCUUUGUUGUCUUUUAUACUUUAAGUUCACUUUAAUAAAGCCCUUUAAAAAAUCUGUAUGUAAGUAGAUUAGACUGAAAAAAAAAAUAAGAGCAGCGUCAUUCAGAUUACGCAGCAGACGGACGUUUGGUGCUCCGUUUCUGUUUGAUUUACCUGCGUUAUUUCUAAAUGGGAUUAAACUUCAUCCAUGUAUUAAAAUAUAGCGUCACAUAAGUUACAUUAGGAAAUGUACACAGGAGCUGCUACAUCUGGGGUGGCAUUUGCCAACAAUAUUCACGUCACGGAAAAGUGUUUUUUCUGGACUGUCAAUAAAAGGUAAAAGAGGUGUUGUGCAGUAUUUAUCAUUAGCAAUGCAUCUGCUGCAUUUUUAGAGAAAUGUAAUUUAUCCUGGGGUUAAAAGCUGUAUACGUUGAAAUGGUAUUACUUUUCAGCGCUGUAACUUUUUUUUUUUUUUAAAAUGCUUGUGUUGUAAUUUCAGUGUUUCUA